AUGGCCAGUCUUUCUUCCAAAGUCCCUCGCACCAAGACUGUCCGCUCGGCUGGGACAAGCAGCAGCAGCUUGAGCAAACCUAUACCAUUCUCCCGGAGCACCGCUUCGGCUACCAGUCACGCCAGUCACACCACUUACACCAGCUCCGUCACUAGCGCGACCGGCCCGCCGUCAUCGACAACCAAACCUACUACAAACACGUCUAAUGCUUCCCAUGUCUCCAACAUUUCCUUAUUUCUUACCAACCUUCGAUUGCUGGAUCUGGACUUGCUCCCAGACUGGCCCGAUAUCAAUACGGCCACCUUCAGCGUAAAGGAUGCAGCGCAAGGUCAGAAGAAGCGCAUUCAGUGCGUUGAGUGGGCUCUCUAUCAGCUCUUCAACCUAUGGGACUCCGAAGAAACUCGAAACAAGCUGAAGCCCUUCUUUCCGCCUCUCGAAAAUGUCCAGUCCCUUAAUUUGCGCGCCGCUCUCGUCCGGAGCCUAGAACAGGCGAAGAAGAACGGCGUGCUUGGCCGGGAUGCGAUAGUGCGCAAGACAAUGCUCGACGAGUGCAAGGGAGACAGAUUCGAGGAGAUUCUGGCCGUCUUCUCGUCGGCUGUACUCAAAAAAGUGGUAGCAGAGCAGCAGUUACAUGACCCACGAAGAAGACAUCCCGCCCUGGCGCAAGCACUGGCACUCGAGGAUCGUGGCUACUCUGGUGACCGAUCAGAGCUCACAGCUCUCAUAGUCGCCCAUAGAGCCUCUCUCUGCCGUACCUUGAGAGACAAGAAUGCGACGAGAGAGCGAUACAGAGAGUUUUCAAACUUGUUGAGAAUCAAAGAGCAAACCGUUGCUGAUCGACGACAGCGAGUCCAAGCUUCGCAAAGGAGACGCCAAAAUGCCGGGAGAGAGAUCUCCAACGAUGUGAAGCUUGAUGUAUGGCGGACUGUGCGACAUAACUGGUCGGGUAAUGAGCGGUGGUUGGAGACACUCUUACACGGUGACAAAAACACCCGAAUCGACGGUGUCUUGUCGGCGCCUUUUGAUCGAGUCUGGCAACGUGUUCAAACUGGUCGCAUUUCGGAGCUUGAAGACAAGUCAGAUAGUUUGCUGGACGAGCUGGACGACAGAGUGAAGAGCCAGAAGGAAAGACUCCAGAGAUGGCAGACUUUCCGUCAGCAGAUGUUCGGGAAAACCAGCAAGGACUCUACGACCAAAGAGUCAGCCCCACAGCCUAAUCCGAAGGGAAUCGAUCUCGGACUCAGGGGACAUGAGGCUUUGCACCGCGGACGAAGUGUGCGAAGGCUUACUCUCCUCAAACCUGUAACACCUAUUGAGCUAGGAGGCAAAUACAAAGAACUACUCAAUGACUUCAAGUCCGAGUUAUCUAAUAUCGACCCUAAGCUAACCAAUAUUCCAUCCUGGUUACAAAAGCCAAGAGAGCCGCCACGACAGGAGUCUGAUACGGAUGUGAUUUCCAAUAUUAAUGAUGAAGAUAGGAACCUUGCCGCAGCACCUGCUCAAACCUGUCAACGGGAGUUUACAGCAGCCGAAGAUAUGUCAUACCAACCUAUACUGGAGAAGCCGAAGAGUGUCCACGACGAUGGAGAACCACUGGCCUAUUCAAAUGCCGCAGCCGAGGGCUCCUCUUGUCUAACAAGGAAUCAGCAAAGACAAGAAGCUACAAACCCAACACCGCCUCAGUCUGCAGUUUCGCCCCCACGCCUUAGGCCAUCUUUGAUCUCCAUUGAGGAGAAGCAACCAGAAAGGCGUGACCGGCCACCCACACCACCGACUGAGGGAACUCGCCGACAAUACAGCUCUCACCCGUCUCCCGAACCACAACAACUAGCCGACCAGAUCCUGGCGUCCGUCGAUACCGCCUCGCCUUCGCCCUUGAACAAACCACGGUACAUACUUUCACUGGCUGAACGCACCCGCCUCACCCUUGCUCAGUGCAAUUCACAGGCCGCUGCCGACAACGAUGACGCCUAUGGCGACGUAGAUGAGGCAGAAGAUACAUACUUCUCGCCUGUUCGUUCUGCGUCUCACAAACGCUCACAUACCAUCUCCAGCCCCUACAAAGCAAGCACAUCAGGUACACCAGGCGACAGCCAUAACGGCGCAGGAGGGUCAGGAUCAGGGGGAGGAGGGGCAUCAACCUACGAAGAUCUCAUGACCCGCACGCGUCGUUCCAUGGCCAACUUUGAGUCCGCCCAAAAGAAGGCUCAAAUGGAGAGGAGACGGUCGGAACGCAAGUCGAAGCAGCUGGCCCCGCCGUCGUCAAAGGGCGGAUAUUUCCCUGCCAUGGGCGAGGAAGAAGAAGAAGAAGGAAAGUCGGCGCUGUUGUUGGCGGAGGAACUGCUUAGUGCGGGCCAGGAUGUGGAUUACGAUGCUGUGUUUAGGAGCAGGCCGAAGAUUGCGAGAGGUCCGACGCCAGGGAAGGAAGAUGGAGGAGGGUUUGGGGAGUGGGAGUAA